AUGUCUCUCUCCAACAAGCUCUCCAUCACCGACGUCGAUCUCAAGGGCAAGAGGGUCCUGAUUCGAGUCGACUUCAACGUACCCCUCGACGAGAACAAGAAGAUUACGAACAACCAGCGCAUCGUCGGCGCCGUCCCGACCAUCAAGCAUGCGCUGAACCACGGGGCCAAGACAGUGGUCCUCAUGUCGCACCUUGGCCGCCCCAACGGCCAGGUCAACGUCAAGUACUCGCUGAAGCCCGUCGUUGGCGAGCUCGAGAAGCUCCUCGGCAAGAGCGUCACCUUUGCGCCCGACUGCGUCGGCGCCGAGGUCGAGGCGCUCGUCGGCAAGGCUGAUGCCGGCUCCGUCAUCCUGCUGGAGAACCUGCGCUUCCACAUCGAGGAGGAGGGUAGCGCCAAGGACGAGGCCGGCAACAAGACCAAGGCGGACAAGGCCAAGGUCGACGAGUUCCGCAGGGGCUUGACGGCCCUCGGCGACGUUUACAUCAACGACGCCUUCGGCACCGCCCACCGCGCUCACUCGUCCAUGGUCGGCGUCGAUCUGCCCCAGAAGGCGGCCGGCUUCCUCAUGAAGAAGGAGCUCGACUACUUUGCCCAGGCGCUCGAGUCUCCCAAGCGACCCUUCCUCGCCAUCCUCGGCGGCGCCAAGGUCUCGGACAAGAUCCAGCUCAUCGACAACCUGCUGGAUAAGGUCAACACGCUCAUCGUCUGCGGCGGCAUGGCUUUUACCUUCAAGAAGACGCUCGACGGUAUGCCCAUCGGCAACUCGCUCUUCGACGAGGCAGGCGCCAAGACGGUGCCGCAGCUCGUCAAGAAGGCCAAGGACAAGAACGUCAAGCUCGUGCUACCCGUCGACUACAUCACGGCCGACAAGUUUGACAAGAACGCGAACACGGGCAAGGCGACCGACGCCGAUGGCAUCCCCGACGGCUGGAUGGGCCUCGACUGCGGCGAGAAGUCGAUUGCGCUCUACAAGGAGGCCAUCAAGGAGGCCAAGACGAUCCUCUGGAACGGACCGGCGGGCGUGUUCGAGUUUGAAAAGUUUGCCAACGGCACCAAGGCGACGCUCGACGCCGUCGUCGACGGCUGCCAGAACGAGGGCAAGAUUGUCAUCAUCGGCGGCGGCGACACGGCCACGGUGGCGGCCAACUACGGCGUCGAGGACAAGCUGAGCCACGUGUCGACUGGCGGCGGUGCCAGCCUGGAGCUGCUCGAGGGCAAGGAGCUGCCGGGUGUGUCUGCGCUGUCGAGCAAGUAG